AUGCGUCUAGCCAACUUUUCCGUCGCUGUACCUCUAAUCGUAAGCCUGGUAUGGGCGCAAGACAUUGGGGGCAGCGGACCGAAACCACCCACAGUGGACAAUCCAAGCAAUCUAGGUCCGUGGAAGCCUCCUGCAUCGAGCCAAGGAUCACCUCCAGCUUCCUACACGGGCAUGGGCCGCACCUUGCGGGUGAACAGCGCUACCGACUUCUGCUUGCUCAUGCCACCCGAUCCCACGACCCAAAACCUCGUAGACGCGGAAGCGAACGCUGUAGCCUACUGCAUGCAACCAUCCAACGAUACGAGACCCAUGCCGGACGGUUUCAUCACUUCUGCUCAUUUUAGGAAAGCGGCGGGAUACGUAGCUGUCAUGGGAUCCUUCAAUGCUGCAGUCAUGAACCUUGGCACCAAUCCUGCGGAUUGCGGUGGCGAGUACGACAAUCACGGAGCGCAAGGAGUAGGAAAUCCUGUUGGCGUUGGCCUGCCGGACGGUGAGUGCGCUCACGAUUUUCAACAGUUCAUGGGCUCGUGCGAUAUCCCCGGCAAAAGCACGUUUGUCAUUCGAGUCUGCUCCGGGCCUCGUAGCUACGAUCUCUGCGACAACAAGUACGACUUGAUGGGCGCUCUCUACACAAAUCCUGGUCCUUAUGAGCAGGAUGGGUUCGACAAUUGCGACGUGACGGAUGAUAGGGCAUUGUACGACCUUGGCAAUGGGUCUACUUUUAGACAAGGUGAUCAGGUGACACCUUUAGCCGAUGCCUAUCCUAAACCUCCGCCUAGCAGUAAUUGCUCGCCAACCGCCAGCCCUGCACCGUCAGGUGCGACUUACACCUGGAAUCAGGCAGCGGCGAAGCAGACACCCACUGCGAAUGCAAACGGUGGAAGCGGCAGCUCUGGAAGUUCCACUGGAAGCGACAACGGUAGCGCUGGCAGCGCAACCGGAAGCGGUACUGGAAGCGGUAACGGCAAUGGCAGCUCAUCAGGCGCAGCCAGUGCUACCUCUCGUUCACACAGAAGAACGCGGAUCUAUGCUGGAGCAAGUUUGGCGCUGUUUUCGAUUCUUGUGCAGUGCCUUUGA